AUGCGGUGGUUUCCGUCCCUCUUGCUGUUCGGCUUCUUGGCCGCUGUCAAUGCAUUGAGCAGCUCGGGGAACCGAUUGCUUGUGGUUUUGGAGGAUGCUGCAGAGAAGGGACUAUAUUCGACGCUUUGGGGAGACUUGGAAUCUCGCGGGUAUAACCUCAUCUUCGAAUCGCCCAAGAGUGAGCAGCUUUCCUUGUUCGAGCUCGGAGAGAGGGCGUACGACCAUGUCCUCCUUCUCCCUCCCAAAUCGAAAGGUUUCGGACCUUCGCUAAGCCCUAAGAACCUCGUCGACUUCCUCAACAGCGACGGAAACGUCCUUCUCGCUCUCUCCGGAAAGUCCACGACUCCCAGCGCUAUCAGUUCUCUUCUUCUAGAGUUCGACCUCCACCUUUCUACCGACCGAUCUUCCAUCGCAGUUGACCACUUCAACUACGACACCCUUUCCGCUUCCGAAAAGCACGAUAUCCUCCUCCUCGAGCGCCCCGGCAAGGUCAGACCAGACACCAAGGCUUUCUUCUCGGGCGAAGGUGUUAUUGCGGUUCCCAGUGCCAGCCCUCACACACUCGGCGACAACUCGCUCCUUGCGCCUAUUCUGCGUGCCCCCACCACAGCCUACAGUUACAACCCCAAGGAGGACGCCGGUGCAGUUGAAGAUGUCUUCGCUACUGGCUCUCAGCUGGCUCUAGCAUCAGCCAUGCAAGCCAGGAACUCUGCCCGCUUUACUCUGCUUGGCUCUGUCGAGAGUCUCCAGGACAAGUGGUUCUCCGCUACCGUCCAAGCACCUGGUGGUAAAGAGGUCGAGACCGCCAACCGCGAGUUCGCUAAGCAAUUGACCGGGUGGACAUUCAAGGAGACCGGUGUUCUCAAGGUUGGAAAGAUCGAGCACCACCUCGCCAAGGGCGACCUCACACCCGAGGACCUGAACCCAAGCAUCUACCGCAUCAAGAACGAAACGGUCUUCUCUAUCGAAAUCUCCGAAUAUAACUACGACGGCUACGUUCCAUUCGAGAUCCCCGCCAACGACAACCUCCAGCUCGAAUUUACCAUGCUCUCACCCUUCCACCGCCUCAACCUCGCGCCCACCGCAAAAACCCCCAACAGCACCAUCUUCAGCACCCAGUUCACCGUCCCCGACCAACACGGCAUCUUCUCCUUCCGCGUCAACUACAAGCGCCCCUUCCUCACCAGCAUUGAGGAGAAGCACGAGGUCACCGUCCGCCACUAUGCGCACAACGAGUAUCCCCGCAGCUGGAAGAUUACUGGCGGCUGGGUCUGGAUUGCUGGUCUCUGGUCUGUCAUUGCGGGAUUUCUCGCGUUCGUCGUUGUUUGGCUUUAUUCGGAGCCGGCGACUGCGGCGAAGGCGAAGAGUAAGAAGACGCAGUAG